AUGUCGACGCCGACUCUAACCAUUCAGCAGGCUAUUGACGCAGUUCCACGCCGCUACCGUGGGCCAGGAGGAGCUUUAGCGGUUAUCAAAGAUGGCCGAGUCAUCGGCAAACGAGUCUGGGGAUAUGCCGACCAGUCUCGACGCAUCCCCGUCGAACCGUCAACGCGGUUUCCCAUAUGCUCCAUCACCAAGCAAUUCGUCUGUGGGCUGAUGCUGGAUCUGGAGCGUCAUCCCACCCCGGCCAUGGCCGCCAAGGGAGACGUGCAGAAACAAUUCACAAACACGCUCCAUGACAUGCUCCCCUUGGCCCGAGAGGGGCUGACGGUCCAGAACUUGGCUGACAUGCAGUCCGGCAUUCGUGACUACUGGGCUCUGACCACGCUCUGGGGAGCCAAGCCCGACGACGAGUUCUUGAUCGAAAGGGACUGCCCUCCCAUGCUGGAGAAGACCAAGUCUUUCCAUUUCAAGCCGGGGACGGAGUACUCAUACUCGAAUGUAAACUUUUAUCUGCUCGGGCGCAUCAUUGAGCGCGUGGCCGGGGAGCCACUGGGCAAGCUUCUCGAGGAGCGCAUUCUCAAGCCCGCCGGCAUGUCCACUGCUUUCUUGUGUCCGAACACGGCGCAUCAUCCGCCACCUUGUGUUGGCUAUGAGGGCAACGAGAACGUCGGAUUCUUUGAUGCGGUCAAUCGUAUGGAGUGGUCCGGCGAUGCGGGCUUGGUCGCUUCUCUCGACGAUAUGAUUGCCUAUGAACAGUAUCUGGACCAGCUCUAUGCCGAUCCAUCAAGCUGGUAUCAUACGACCGCGAAGCCCACUACCUUUAGCGAUGGCAACACUGCUGGGUAUCACUAUGGGCUAGGCCACAUGAAAGCAAAUGGAAUUGAGAUGAUUGGCCAUGGUGGAGCGCUGAGAGGCUACCGAUUGAAUCGACGACAUGUGCCGGGAGAACGUCUCUCGGUAGUCGUGAUGUUCAAUCAUGAGGCUGAUGCGUCUGCAGCCGUGGACGAUAUUCUCCGAGCGGCACUCACCCAGCCCAAUGUCGACAGCAACCCCAUAGAACCGGCUCCAGCAUGGUACGGUACGUAUCUCGAUGAGGCAACGCAACUGGCUAUCACUGUUACCAAGAGCCAACGCCCCGGUGAGGUUCUCAUAACCUACGGGACCCAUCUCGAGUCCGCACCGCUCAGGAUGACGGACACGCAUAGCGGGAAGACUAGGACCAUGGAUGGCUGUAUCAGCGACGACACUUUGUACAUCCAUCGCAUUACUGAGAACCGGAAGCUCAGCGCUCGGCGUCUGACUCCUCGCGAGGAGCUUGCCGAAUCGAAUCUGGCUGGUGCCUAUUACUGCGAGGAACUUGAUUCCACAUUCCACUGCACUGGUGAAGCGGGCAUGUUCUACGGUACCUUUGACGGGUAUCUUGGGAAAGGUAUCGUCACAGCGAUGAAGUAUGUUGGUGACGAUGUGUGGCUUCUGGGCUGCCCUCGUGGUUUGGACGCAUCGGCACCGGGAGACUGGACGAUGGUGUUCCACCGUAAUGAGAAUGGCGCAAUCACAGGAUUCAAAAUUGGAUGCUGGCUCGCAAGAGGACUCGACUUUGUCAAGCUGAAUUAA